AUGCCCAAACGCAAACACUCCGACCUCGACACCAAAAGCCCCGUCGCAAACGACGCAACCAGCCGCAUCGCGAACCGCCUCUCCGUCAAAUUCGACUAUGAAGUCAACGUCCUCUCGCGCGCACUGAAAGUCUCGCGCGGCUUCGAGAAGCAGAAGAUGGGGAGACGGGGGAAGAAAGCACGUUCAGAGGAGGGUGCGAAGCCAGGGACGGUGGGGAGGAUAGAAGAAGAAAAUAAGAUUCUCAAGGCGCUGGAUAUGGACAAAACAGCAAGUAAAUACAUCCUCAAACAACUCUCGCGCACGAAACGUAUCGCCGAGGCACCUGCGUUCGUUUACUUCCGGGAGAACUUGAAGAAGAAUAUUUCGCUUGAUGGGCCGCAGAGUGCGGCGGAGGGGAAUGUGCUUGCGAGACUUUACAAGUCGAAUCCAGUCAAGGAGGUGUUUCCGGGGAUUAUGGAGGGGUUUAAGAAGCUUUUGGGGUUGGACGCCCCAGCAGGGAAGCAGAAGAAGCAGGAGAAGGGCGGUUCCUCGGAGAGUGCGCCACGGGGGAAGAGUGAGGGUAAGGAGGGCAAGCAAGCUAAGUCCAAGGCCAAGGAUGAGGAUGCGGCUGAGGAAAGAGAUGUGGAUGUGAACAUGGACAAAGAAACUGUCAGUGGCAGCGACGACGACGACUUUUCCCAAUUCAACUCCCGCCUCGCCGGCUCCGACUCCGAAUCCGACGACGACAACGACCGCCUCGACCCAAUGGCCAUCUCCCCCUCCCCCUCGCGGUCCCCAUCCCUCGACCUCGACCUCGGCCUCGAACCGUCACCCUCAGCUUCAUCCUCCCCCGAACCAGAAUCCUCCCCCGCCAAAAAACUCAAGUCCACCACAACCGCCACCAAACAACCCUUAACAAGCACAACCUUCCUCCCCUCCCUCUCAAUGGGCGGCUACGUCUCCGGCUCCGAAUCCGAGCCCUCAGAUGACGAAGACUCCCAACCGCGCCGCAAAAACCGCAUGGGCCAACAAGCUCGUCGCGCACUGUGGGAGAAGAAAUUUGGUUCGCGCGCGAAUCACGUCAAGACGCAGGUUGCUAAGGAGAAGAGGAAUCGCGAUAGCGGGUGGGAUGUGCGGAGGGGUGCUACUGGGGGUGGUAAGGGGGCUGCGACGGGUGCGAACAGGGAGAUGAGGGGAAAUAGGCUUCAGAGGGAGGGUGAGAAUAAGAGGAAUGAGCCCGUGGAUGAUAAACCGAUGCAUCCGUCGUGGGAGGCGGCUAGGAAGGCGAAGGAGGCGCAGGCGAGUACGGCGGCAUUUAAGGGGAAGAAGGUUACGUUUGAUUAA